AUGCCCUGGUUGAUUACCGGUUUGCUUUCUCCAGAUACUCGUUUAGGCACAGGUAACCAGUGGUUGUCCCAGGGAACUUUGGAGGAGGAAAUUGGGAGAGAGAUUGAUCUUUAUCAGUUAGACGUUGGACCUGGGAGCAUAUUUGCUGGCGGAAAAGAGGCGGAGGAAAAAGUUCCUGGCCAAUGUCUUGUUGGAAUGGUUUCCAGGAAUCCCAUUGUCGAUACCAUGUCCACAGAAAAUUGA